ACAGUACAUGAGUACUGCAUACUGCACAACUGUCAUUAGGCCUUUGUUUUCUCUUGCAUCAAAAAUUAUAAUGACGGAUGGGAAAAUAGCAAUGAUCUGUAAAUAUUUUAAGUAAAUUACAGUAAGCAACAUCACCACCCUAUGAAUAUAAAUAAAAUGCAACUGUGGUGUAAGAUACAAAUGGUAUACUGAACAAUCUUAAGUAUGGAUUCUGAAUCUGCUGGUACUUCAAAACUCUCCUGGAAUGAAUUGAAAGGAGUAGUUGGUGAUGUUCGGCGCCAACUUUCGAAUUUGUCAAGUUCCCUGCUACCAAGCUCAAUCUCUUUUCGUACGCUUAAAGAUGGGAAGACAAGAAUAUAUUUUUUAAGUAUUCCACCAAAUUGCUGGGAGACUACUUUGAUGUAUACAGAUGUUCCGAACACUAGUCAACCAAAUAGUAUGAAAUUGCAAUGGCAAUUUGUUAUAGAAUCUAAUUUCCCUAAUCAGGGGCACAUCAGAAAACAUUCUAGAGAGGAACAGCUGCUCUGUGAACGUAAAAGAAUGGCAUCUUGGGGGAUCAAUACUUAUGAACUCCAUGCAGAGUCUGGUAAAAUAAUUUUUCCAGCACAUAGUAGUUUGUAUCAAUGUUUAGAUAAUGGUUAUACAAAUGGUCCCUUCUUCCCCACUAAACUUAGAUUAGCAUGUACUGGCGCCAAACUUUAUUCUCAAAUAUGCCCAUCUAAUCCAGAUCUAGUAGCUUUUAUCUGUAAUCACGAUAUUUGGGUUACACAUACUGCGUCAGGGUCUUGUGUAAGACUGACCUAUGCCCAUAAAGGAGGUAGGAACCUGGCAGAUGAUCCGUUGUGUGCAGGAGUACCUUCUUAUGUCAUGCAAGAAGAAUUCAAUCGAUAUCAGGGCUAUUGGUGGCAACCACAAUGCUCAGGAGGAAUAUACAGAAUUUUAUAUGAAGAAGUGGACGAUGGUAAUGUUAAAAUUUUCUGCUUUCCUUCAUCAUCAACUGAUAAUGGGGAAGUAGAAGAAUUUCGUUUUCCAAGAGCUGGAUGUGCUAAUUCUAACUCGAGUCUCAAGAUGGUAGAGUUCAAAUUGAAUGCUGUAGAUGAAAUCGUUGAUAUCUGCUCAUUGGAGUUGCAAUUUUCACUCAAUAUGCUGUUUCCCUGGAUGGAAUACAUAGUAAGAGUUGGGUGGACCCCAAAUUCCGAAUACAUAUGGGCCCAAUUACUUAAUCGUAGACAGCAGAGACUUGAUUUAGUGCUAUUAUCCAUCAGUAAUUUCACUGAAGAAUUGCCGAAGUAUGAAGAAGGUGAAGGCGCAAGUCCAAGUAGUCCAAUAGUCCAAGUAAUUUAUUCUCAGGAGUCUUCUAUAUGGGUGAAUUUACACGAUCUUCUCUAUUUCUUCCCGAUGACCAAUCCUAACGAAAUAAAAUUCAUUUGGGCAUCAGAAGACACUGGCUUCCGACAUUUGUAUUUAGUUACUGCCGAAAUAAUGCCCUACAGCAAUGGUACGACAGGUGCUAGAGAAUCAAUGAAUUUCCUGUGUCUUCAACCCAGAAUAUUGUCGAAGGUAGCUCUGACUUCAGGAGAUUGGGAGGUGCCAGCUCAAGACAUUUGGGUGGACGUAGAGAAAGAAUUGGUUUAUUUCAUGGGAUUUAGGGAAACGCCUCUCGAAAAACACCUGUAUGUGGUGUCCCUCAGGAGACCUGGGGAGAUACGCCUGUUAACUAGGCCGGGCUAUUCACACAUGGUCGAUUUUAACGAGGAACUGACGAUGAUGGUCACAUUAUAUAGCAACAUAAAAAAGACACCCGCCUGCCAAGUAUUCGGCCUGUCUCAUUCCGAUUGGACUGUGGAAGGCAUCACGUUGACCCCUUUAGGUUACCUUAUGGAAUCGAGACAGGUGCCUAGCACAUACCACGGGCCGGACCUGUACACACAUCAGAUAUUAUCCGGUCAUGUGCUGUAUGCCAUGGUGUUCAAACCGCACGAUUUCGAUCCCAGCAAGAAGUAUCCCACUAUCCUGAAUGUUUAUGGCGGGCCUGAAGUGCAGUUGGUAUCCAAUACUUUCAAGGGCAUGAGACAGCUCCGAAUGCACAUGCUGGCUUCCAGGGGUUAUGUAGUGGUGGCGAUCGAUUCGCGUGGAUCGCAUCAUCGAGGGCUGCAGUUUGAAGGUUACAUCAAAGGACGGAUGGGUACCUUGGAGUUGGCAGAUCAGGUGGAAGUUUUGCAUUGGCUUGCGAAUACUUUGGGAUACAUCGAUUUGGCCAGAGUGGGAGUACACGGAUGGUCCUAUGGUGGCUACUUGAGUCUUAUGGCUCUGGUUCAAUAUCCGGACCUGUUCAAAGUAGCCAUUGCGGGAGCGCCCGUCACUAACUGGAAACUCUACGAUACUGGGUAUACGGAGAGGUACAUGGAUCUGCCCGAGCAUAAUCAUCAGGGGUACACUGAAGGAUCCGUUCUUAAUUAUAUCAAUCGAUUUCCGGACGAGGAGAAUCGUUUGUUGAUCAUACAUGGGCUCAUAGAUGAAAAUGUCCAUUUUUAUCAUACAAGCCAACUGGUGAAUGGCAUGAUAAAAGCAGGAAAACCAUAUCAGUUGCGAGUAUAUCCAAAUGAGAGGCAUUCUUUACGUAAUCUAGACGCUGGUAAACAUUAUGAAACUACAAUGUUAUCUUUCUUUCAGAACAAUCUUUAAAUUAGUAUUCUGUACACUGGAAGGGGACUUUCAGUACAAACGUAAGAGAUAUUUUCAGCUAUACCAUAUAGUUGAUGAUGCUGGAAAAUUUCCCUCAAGAAGUUAAAAACUUGUAGUACUAUUAUGAGUUAUUAUAGUAUUCUGUCAUAUGAUUCAACUCCACUUCAAGUACAGUAUCAUAUUGUUCUCAAUUGCAAUGCCUUUUUCAGUGUGAAGAAGUCGUUUGAAUAUUUGCAGGAUCAAAACAGUAAAUUUCAGCGAUCAGGAGAUACAAUGAUGUGUAAUUUUUUUUUUAAUAGGUUUAAUUAGUGUUGCAGGUGAUUCUUUUCUUGAAGUUGUCCUUGGAUAUCAGAAGUAGUUUGAUUUAUAAUUGAUUGGAUAUAUUUUGUAUUAAUUUUUUAACUGAUUAUUUUAAUGAUUUUUUUCCCAAUGAUUCUGAUAGAGACUGUGAUAUAUUUGCAAUGAGAGUAUCUUUAAAUGUGUUUUGAGUAUCAUGACGUUCUCUUUGGAGGGUCCCCUUUUCUGAAGGUAUUUUUUUUAUCUUUUUUCAUGCUCCGAUAAGUAUUAACACAUUUCAAACAUGCCGUUUUGAUAGAUUUCAAAAAAAGGUUAUAACUUCUAAUGAAAAGAAAUUUACAUUUUUUCUUUAUUCUGUGUUGUGCUAAUUAUUAUAUUAUCAUUUGAAAAAAGUAAUAAUGAUUUUAGUUCUGAAAAUAAAGUAACUUAUUUGUAAAUUUAAUUUCUUCAUUGUGCAACUUGAAGAUGUCGAAAGACAUGUUAGUGUUCUCAUUUGAAAUAAUGUAUUUAAUUAAUUUCCUGCUUGAUUUGAUAAUGAAAACUAUGAUUUCAACAAAUUGUCUAAGUCAUCUGAAUUUGUUAGAAAAAUUAUAAUUCAUGCGAUCUGAGAUUUGUGCAAGUGAACAAUUGAAGUAAAACAUUAUGCAAAUGAAA